AUUUAAGGUUGCCGUCUGCCGCCUCUGAAUUUAAAGGGCCCACUGCCUUCCCAAAGUUGGUUUGAAGGCAAGCGGUGGUUGUUUGUGGACAGCGCUUUGUCAUGGGACCUGUGCGGUUGGGACUAUUGAUUUUCAUUUUGGCCGUGUUCGGGGCUUGGGCUGGGACGCCGAAGGAGGACGAUGACACAGAACGCUUGCCCAGCAAAUGCGAAGUGUGUAAGCUGCUGAGCACAGAGCUGCAGGAGGAGCUGAGUCGCACUGGCCGAUCUCGAGAGGUGCUGGAGCUGGGUCAGGUGCUGGACACAGGCAAGAGGAAGAGACACGUGCCUUACAGUGUUUCAGAGACAAGGCUGGAAGAGGCCUUGGAGAAUUUAUGUGAGCGGAUCCUGGAUUACAGUGUUCAUGCUGAGCGCAAGGGCUCAUUGAGAUAUGCCAAGGGUCAGAGUCAGACCAUGGCAACGCUGAAAGGCCUAGUGCAGAAGGGGGUGAAGGUGGAUCUGGGGAUCCCUUUGGAACUAUGGGACGAGCCCAGUGUGGAGGUCACGUUCCUCAAGAAGCAGUGUGAGACGAUGCUGGAGGAGUUUGAAGAUGUUGUUGGAGACUGGUACUUCCACCAUCAGGAGCAACCCCUACAGCAUUUUCUCUGUGAAGGUCAUGUGCUCCCAGCUGCUGAAACUGCAUGUCUACAGGAAACUUGGACUGGAAAGGAGAAGAUCACAGAUGGGCAAGAGAAGACCAAAGAGGAGGAGGAAGAAGAAGAGGAGGAGGAAGAGGAGGAAGGAGAAAAGUUGAUCAAGACACCAGGCCACCCCAAGCAUGACCCAGAGGAUCUUUGACCUCUGCCUUUGAGUCCUCAGGAGGGGCAGGGAUGAUGGAGAAGAAUCCUCUGAAGUCUGAGCUCUCCCUGCCCCACAGCUUUCAGGAUGUGUGUGUGUGUGUGUGUGUGUGUGUGUGUGACCCCACCCCAAAGCUUAUAGCUGUUCUCUCCCAUAUGAUGUCAGGCAGGAUCCUGGUAAUGCAGCAUCACAUGCUUAUGGGUAGAAAGGUGAGAGCUGCAGGUGGAAGUACUGCCCCUACAGGUGGGCCCUCUGUCUGCCAUACAGCCCCUUAACUGGCAAGUGUGUGUGGUGACAUUACUGAAGUCUUUCCCCUUUAAAUGUCUGUACUGCACCCCACCCCCACCCAGAGGUCAGCCGUGGCUGUGGUGUUGGAGCUGUGUAUUUUCUUGGGAAAGUCACUUUGCCCCUCAGGGUCUGUUUUCAGACUCUUACAAGGAAGAGGCCAGAACAGACAUCCUCUAGGACCUAUAUCCAUUGCGUUUGGGGGCCACAUGCCAGCAAACCGUGAACGAGAAUAGGACACUGAGUAGGGGCAAGGUGAUGCUGGUAAGUUAGGUGGGGUAGACAGUUGGUCUACUUCAAAUUAACUUCACCGAGGGCCCACCAGAUAAUUUCACAGGU